AUGGGAGUACUUGCUGCAAUUCAAGACGGAAAUAAGAAAGGAUACAAUCUCAGAUUGACCAUAACAGAUUUGGAUGGUCACAUUUACUAUGCACAUGGCAAUGUCACAACAGCUGCAAUGCUUCUUGACGCUUUCAAGACUACAAAGAGAGAACAAAUGGUUGACUCCGACUCAGACAUUUUGAAUGCAAUUGAAGGAAUUGUAAGCGUGAAGUUCGAAUGGUACCAACCUAACCCUCAAGCAGUCAGACAACAUGCUGGAUACUUCCCGUUCAUAAAUAAGUCUGACAUUGACUUGACAAGGUAUGGAAUUUACAAUUCAAUUGAAACAAUUGUCAAUGAACCUUGCAUUCUUACAUGUCUCAGGAACUCUGGUCUUGUUUCAGAAGAGAAGAUGAAGUAUCUUGAGUCAUGUGUGAAGACAAGGUACAUUCUCAGAGGUCAAUUGGCAAAAAUUGCACCGUUGGCAAAUGUCAAUAUCCGAGUCAACAUACCUACAGCUAAAGGUUCUUCACAUGACGACUAUGUUGUUGACAAAGACUUACCAUGGUUGAAGAUUGCAAUUGUCCACAACCACUUCAUGUUGAACGAAAGUCUUACAAACCCAUUGUUCGGAAAAGGCAAGUGCAACAUUGUCAGAGCUGUAAACAUUCUUUUCGAGAAAGGUUUGUUGGAACCAAUUCCAGAUGACAAGCUGACAGAAACUUUUGUACCAAAAGACGAAACAAACUUUUCAUUGUUAGCAAGACCAAAAGUUGUUCCAGACAAAGUUAUAGCACAAAAGAAGUACACUGUUCCAAAAGGAGUUGGAUUGUUCGGAUACCAACCUGAACCAGAAGAACUUCCAAUGAGGUUGCAAGAACUUCAAGAUGCUAUAAACAAACUUCCAUUGAGACAUCCAAUUGAC